AUGUCUACCCGCUUCUUCUCCAUCCAGGACCAGCUGGCUCAGCUCACAGCCGAAGUCAUCGCUGAGUCCUUCGCCAUUCAGGAUCGUGAGCGUGAGGCCCGAGCCCGAGCCCGAGCCCGAGCCAACAGCGGUGCGGUGCACCCAUACCCAGCUCGUCAGACGGUUACCCGCAGCCCCCGCUACUAUAACAUUGCGGACACCGAUGUCUCCUACCUUGACCUCAACGACAGCAUGCCUGAGCCUGUGGAGAGCAAGGCUGCGGUUGGAGUCAACGACUCCAACUCCAACAUCUCCCAGGCGUCCAUCAAGACCAGCCCGACCCUCAUCAAAAAGAUGAAGAAGGUCUUCAUCAACACCCCGAAGAAGCUCUUCCGCCAGGUCGUCGCCCCUGGCUCCCAUGACUCCUUUGCUACUGUUACCACCUCCCUUGAGGCGACCAAGGGACCCGCCAACAAGAAGCCCGAUGAGCGCAAGCGCCGUCGCUCCCUCCCCUGGAGCUCCAAGGCUCCCGAGCUGUGA